AAAAGAUUCGUUCAAUGAACUUGACACAAACCAGACUAUUGGAGUUGGUUAAAUAUGUUGGACACCUGUACACAUUUUCUAUUCAGGAGGACCGUCCCGGCGACAUAGACCUCUUGGAGAAAAUUCUGAAGACGUUUGACGGUAAGAAUAGACGUUUGCCUUCUGUACUAGCAGAGUCACUUGGUGUACAAUGUGAACGAUAUGUUCUGCGAUGUCGGUGGGGUGGCAUUGUGCGGAUCUGCUCUGAUAUUCUUGAACCCAGGUUCACCUCAGAUGGCCAAUGUUGUACUUUCAAUUAUGCUAGAUGGAAGGAUCAUUUUUCAAGCGCUACGGAAAAUUUUAUCGCACCCGUCUUGAAAUCAGAAAUAGCUGGCUGGGACUUCGGACUAUCUUUGUUACUGGAUGCUCGGGCAGAGGAUUACUUUUAUCAAUUGCUUCCGAUGGUUGGAUUCAAGGUGGUAGUUUACGCAUCCACUGAUUUUCCUGAUCCACCCAGUGGCGGCGCGAAAGAGGUUUUAGUGGAAGCCGGAACGGAAUCAUACAUCAAUAUUGGAGCUUAUGUUUUCGAUUCUAAACAAGAUGUUGAGAAGAUCGACGCAUCUAAACGCGUUUGUCGUUUCAAAAACGAACUGAAAAGUCGAUUUGGAGGACGGUAUUCAUUCAGUGAUUGCAUCAUGGACUGUAGAGUUCGGGACAUUGUACAAAAAUGUGAUUGCAUUCCAUUUUUUAAUCCCCGUCCCAGUGGUCUUGGCAAGAGUCAGUGCAGUCUUGAGCAACUCAAAUGCUUGAAUCAUUUCCAAAGCCGAUGGUGGGGUAUGAGUCCAAUUUUUGAAGCAGAUGCAUCUUAUCCACCUGAUGCAUUCAAAGAAAUUCCAGAGGGACAUUUGGACUGCGACUGCAAGCCCACUUGCGACAACAUCGAUUACACAGUCUCCACUGGAUUUGGAAAUUUGGAAAAUAAAAUUAUUAGCUGGGAUAAAGCAAGGAAUGCUUUAACUCCAAAUCCCAAUCACGCUGUUCUCCAUGUGUACUUUGGGAGUCCGGUGGUAAUGAAACUUGAGCAUGAUGUGCAAUAUUAUUGGUAUGAACUAAUGAGUAAUUACGGAGCACUCUGCAGCAUAUUCUUAGGCCUGAGUCUCAUGAGUGCAAUUGAAGUAAUCUACAAAUUUUCUCGAAGACUUUGGCGCAAGUCAAAAAAAAUUGAAGGAAUUCCAGUUAAAGUCAGGCCAGUGAAUGAAAAAUUAAUUUCCUUCAUUUCGGAGAAAGAUCCUCAAAUUUUCUGCCCGCAAAUUGACACAAGAGAGAUAGGGGGCGCUUUUUAA